GGUGAUUUUGUAGUUUCUAGUUUCCAUGCUAUGCUUUUUCGCCUCUCUUCCAGAUUUUUUUUCUCACCUUUGAUUUCACGUAUGUCCAUAUGAGAAAGAAAAGAGUCCAAUGUUACAUGGUGGGAAAUUAGGGCAAGAAAAUUAGGUGGAAAAUUUUUCUUCUUUUGGCUGAGAAAGGAAAUCGAAUGAAAAAUAAUGGAAUAAGAAUGUAAGAAGCUAAUCUUUUAUCAAAUCUAAUCUUUUCCUCCCAAAUGAAGAAACCCUCUUUUUCACCGCACCCAAUACAUCAAUUCCUCACCCAUAUCAGAUCUUUUGUUCCUUUCAUCUUAUUUUCAAAUCAAAAGAACAUUUUUUUAAAUUCUCAUCUCAUUAUUCUCCCUCUAUUUUCAUCAUACCUUGUUAUGGCUAAUUCCAUGUGCAGUGCCACCGUUUUUGGAGUGUCAACCGAAUCAAUGCAAUUAUCAUUUGAUUCGAGAGGGAACAGCAUUCCAACUAUUCUCAUACUCAUGCAAAGGUGCCUUUAUGCUCAAGGGGGCCUGCAGGCAGAAGGGAUUUUCAGAAUAAAUGCAGAGAAUGGGCAGGAGGAACACGUAAGAGAGCAACUAAACAGAGGAGUAAUUCCUCAAGGCAUUGAUGUGCACUGUUUGGCAGGCCUUAUCAAGGCUUGGUUCCGUGAACUGCCAAACGGGGUGUUGGACUCUCUAUCUCAGGAGCAGGUAAUCCAAUGCCAGUCUGAAGAGGAUUGUACUGCACUGGUCAGACUUCUGCGGCCCACAGAAGCUUCUCUGCUGGAUUGGGCCAUCAACUUGAUGGCCGAUGUUGUCCAAGAAGAAGCCUGCAAUAAGAUGAACGCACGGAACAUAGCAAUGGUGUUUGCUCCAAACAUGACUCAGAUGGCAGACCCAUUGACUGCACUCAUGUAUGCAGUCCAAGUGAUGAACUUCUUGAAAAUGCUUAUCGAGAAGACAUUACGAGAAAGAAAAGAUUCUACUGUGGAUGCCGCACCGGGUCCCGGCAUAGAUCCAACUGGGGAGAAUGGUCACCAGAAUCCUCCCCACCUCAUCCUGCAGGAAGACACAUGCAACCCGACCGACGAAGAAUAUCUCAGUUACUCAGAUUCAUCCGAUGAAUCUGAAACCAGAGAGAUGGGUGUUUUGGACAGUUGGAUGAUGUCCAAAGAGCAGAGGGACGGGAAAUUAUCGGGUCAUCAGUCUAGCGGUGUGGUGGGAAGUGAUAACAACAACAAAUGCAGAGGAGUUAACAAUUUGAGCCGUAUCAAUUCCACGACAGAGUGGAUCGAAGCAUGGAGGUAAUGAGCUGUCACCUUCUUCUUCUCUGUUUGGCUGUGGAAAACUGUGAAGCUGUACGCGCUCGGUUGUUUUAGUGUUGAGUGGUUUUACGGUUCGAAUCAGCUUUUGGUU